AUGAUUGCCCAUGAAUUGACCAACUCGGUAAAAGGCGUCGCCAAGAACCUAGCUACCAACUUGAUGGGCUACUAUCGCUCUCAACCUGAGACCACCGUGAAAGGCUUCCCUCCCAUCCUAGGAGUCUGGGUUUCCGGCCUAGUCUGGUCCACCCUGAUCGAUUACCAGCACUACACCGGCGACGACACCUUCAGCGGCGAAGUCACCGCCGCUCUCACAAAUGAGGAGCUUCUCGGCGCCAACAACGACUUCCUCUACGAUAGGAAUGUUUCCUUCCGCGCAACCGACGACGUUGCCAACCUCGGCCUCGCCGCCUUGACCGCCGCCGAACGCAACUUCCCCGCCAAGCUCAGACGUCGCCUCUUCGAUGACAAGGUUUGCGAUGGCGGCAUCCCCUGGCAGAUCGACUCGGGUAAUUCUCCCGUGUACGUAUCCACCCUCGGGACUGGCGCCGUCUUUCAGCUGGCGGCCCGCCUCGCCCGCCUCACGGGCGAUGAAGAUGGCUCCUACGCCAAUUUCGCUUCCCAGCUGUGGGAUUGGACCGUCGAGGUCGGCUUCAUCACUGAGGACUUCGAAGUGGUUGAUGGAGCCAGCGCAAUUACCAACUGUCAGAGCAUCAACAGGGUUCAGUUAACCCAAUCGAGCGGUCUCUACCUUCUCGGUGCUGCCGCGCUCGCCAACGUCACUGGCGACCAGCAAUGGACCGAUCGCACCAAGGGCCUUGCCGCGCGUAUCGCAGAAAACUUCUUCGUCGGUGGCGGCGACAAUGGCGGUGUUAUGGUCGAGAUCGCGUGCGAGGCCGCCCAAACUUGCCCCAGCGACAUGCAGGCCAUGAAAGGGGGCCUCGCCACCGCCCUCUGGCGCGCCACUCAAAUGGCCCCUUUCCUCGACGGCCUCCUGCGCCCACUGCUCGAAGCCUCGGCCAAGGCGGCUGCUGCCUCUUGCACCUUUGGCAGGAGCAAAGAAGACUGCCCCAUCAUUUGGGACGCCGAUAUCACCGGCAUCAACAAUAGCCUGACGGGCCCCGGACAGCAAGUCUCCGUUCUAGCCAUUGUCCAGGGCCUGCUCAUGUCCAGUGCCGAUGCCCCUACACGGGAGACGACUCCUCUAGCGGUGGCCAGGGCUCGUCCGAUAAAGGAAACACUGAGAGCGAUGAUGAUUCCGGCGCCAUCGGCGUGCGUGUGA